AUGCCUACGGAAACUGCUAAACUAACAGAGGGACGAAUAAAUUCGAUGGGAGCUGUCGAAGUGGCCACCAGCAGCGUGAAAACUGAGGAACCAACGGAAUCCGGUGCUGAAGAAGGGAACAGUGUGACGAAACCACAAAAGGGAGUUCCCGAGGGUUGGUUACGAAGUGUUGUCGAACAACAGGAAGAGAUUUUGAAAAAUAACCCAAUCGUCAAAGAGGAGAAAAUACACGAUCCGGUGGACUCAGAGAGUAAACAUAUACUGGAACAAAAUGUUCACAAACGAGAAGUUAUAGACUACGUGAAACAACGUCUAAAGCAACUCCCGAUUGAGAAGGACGAGCAGGCUGCUUUAAAUCAAAUGUUUCGUAAGGUUAUUGGUGACCCACCACCCCUAUCGUCUAAGAAAAAAUCAAUGAAGUUCGAUAAACCCGCAGAGCAGGAUUGUAAAUCAUCUAACGACCUGCUUGAGGUAUCGAAACUUGAGCACGCAGAUGCCAUGAGACGCAGUUUCCGUCUCCUGUCCCAACUGGGUUUGGAUGAGGUUCGCCGUCUCUAUGGUUCGCACAGUAUUAAUCGUGUCCGAGCAGCCAUCUUCCAGCUACGUCAACUGCAAGCCAAUCGACGUUCCACCGUGCUUCGGUUGCAGGCUUUGAAACGACGCCAAACGGCAAUGGGUAACGCGCACGUGCGACAUUUGCCCACAGGAAUCAAUGCCACAUACACAUGUUAUUUUUGCUCCUGCGGAUUCAGUUCGGUGACACAAUUGCAUGCGCACUUAUUGACGCAAGCUCAUUUGUGCGUGAACACGCCAUUGGGGUCUGGUUCGGUGAUGGGACACAAACAAACUGCUAUCCAAGUGCUGGAGGGACAGGCGAACAACAGCAAUGCGACGGAUUUGGAUAUGCAUCCGCAAACAAAAAAACCGGAUACUGAGCUGAAUAGGUUGUUGCAAAAUUUGAAACAGAUUGAUCAGAAGAAAGACGCUACAGUUGCACCUGGCCGCAAGUCACGNCACGGAGCCGACCGCGGUGUCACACACUGCGCUUUGUGCGAGGUGGAAUUCCGCCCGCCGACGGUGAAUACCGGUGAUAUAAUUCGGACAAUGGCCGGGGUCUAUCAACGCCACUUGAUGACAGAGCAUCUCCCCAGUUUGGAAUUGACAGAAAAGUUGUUGUAUAUGGGCUCGUUUCUCAGCUUCAACCGAGAUUAUCUAUUCAGUUAUCGAGCGAGUCGUUACCCGAUCCCCGCGUGGCUCGAACGCAAUGUAGCCGAUGUGCCGGAGGAGAUUCGGAAGAAAUUACGAAUGGCAACGCACGCACAGCAUCUGUCUUGUCGAGCGUGUAAAAGCGGCCUGAUGCCAAGUGUUCGAGCCCUGAUUACGCACAUUCGUGAUGAGCAUGCCAAGACAUUGGAGGCUCGGAUGAUCCAGAUGCGCCGGUCGGGCACAUUUUCCGGCCUAAUUGACCCGACUCGGACAUGUUUUCAGUGUUACACAAUCCUGGAGGAUCACUUUGCUUUUCAGAUUCACACAAUUGUGUUCCAUGGAGCGCGUUAUCCGCUGGUAUGUGGCCUAUGCAAGCACCCGUUGGUCAACUUGUGUAUGACUGAAGAGAUUCAAUCAUUCUGUGCACAACUAUUUGACGAAUGCGGCAUCAAAAUGGACGAGGAGAAAUGGAAGAGGGUACUUCACAUGAAACCGGCAUCACAACAAUGUGCAUCGACAAAAUCGAGUGGACGUGGGCUUCUGACAACCACUGAAGAACCCGAUUUGUUGGGCAAUCGACUUCUGCUAGACGACGAGGCACGUGCACUCCUUGAAGAAGAGGAACUAGCUACCAUUGUGUCGUGUGUAAAAGCCAGUAUGUCUGUUCUGCGUUACUCCGCCCAAUUGGUAUUGAGAGCCAUGCAA